UUUUUCUCCUUUUCAGGCUCUCUUACCAAGCUUUCGGAUUUCUUAAAAACAGUUAAAAGUUUGCUUUCUGAAUGAAGCAAUGCUUGUUCAUCCCUUUUUGUCUUCUCUCAAAGAUCAUUGUAAUGCUUACUAUAAGGAUUAAUCUGGAGUAGCGAAGUACAUUGGGGACUGAAACUCCAUCUAAAACUUUGGGUGUGUGAUGCAAUGGCUUCAAUGGAAAUCUAUAAAAAGUCAGUUUUAAAACUUACAUUCCAUCCUUUGAGAGUAGAUAUGUUUUAAAUUUGAUUCUCACAAGUGACCUAAGAGAACUGGGAAAUGGAAAAAUCAAUAUACGCACAUAAGGUCAGACUCUGUUUAGAAGCCUAUCUUUCCCCACUAAUUUAAACAGCCAUUCUAGACAUUUUGACAUCUGUCGCCCAAGUCAGAAUCACUGUUGGCCAGCAGGGCAAAGUAGUACUCUGGGUUCUUAUCUAGGAUAGGGGGUAGAGGUGGGUAUCGGGGAAAGUAUAUGGAGGGCUGCUACCCACUCUAUACCCUCCAACCUGGUGAUUGAUUUAGCAAGUACUGUAGCAUGGAGCUAUGGGAUGUUGGUUUUAUUGACUAAGCAGAAGGAGGAAUGCUGAGGUUUUAAUCACACUUGGUGUUUCCGGAGUGAGGAUAUAGUGCUGACUUCGAAGCUUUAAACAUUUCACAACUUUUUACUCCUUGAUGAUACAUCUGCUUUGUUUUCUGGAGGAUUGUAUGCUACAAUACGAGAAAGUUCGGUUAACUUGUGAGUAGGGACCACUGAAUUGGUGAUGGCCUGAAUGCUUAGAAUUUUACCAAUACCUUUUUUCAGACAAUUCUUUAAGGCCCAAAUGCAGACUUUUCUAUGUUAUCUGUGUUUUUUGUUUGUUUGUUUUUUGGUGGUUAAGACUAUCAUGUCAGGUGGUUGGAUUUUUGUUUGAAUUGAAUCCCUUCCUCAGGUGAUAUGUCUAGGCAAAAAUGAUUACUGCAGGAGAAGCUUGGAUGCUUGAUAAUCCUGCUGUAGGUCAAAGUCUUUUAAAACCUCUAGUGGUUUUCAUUAUUCCUUUGUCCUCAUUGCCUUCUUAUACCAAAAAACAUUGCUGUGCUGACAAGGAAGGAAGAUAGUAGUAUAGUAAGUAGUCUGGGCUCUUACUUCUAUGCAGUUGGGAGUAUGGGAAAAGAAGUGAAGCCAGAAGGUGAUCAUUCAGUGGAAUGGAAAGCAGCUGGUACAACCUUUGUAGCUUUGACUUUGGUGCUUGUAUGAAUGCCGUUUACUGGAUUGCGUUCCCCUCGGGUCCUCCAACCCUGAUUCCAAAGGUGGUCCACGUGGAGCUCGCAGGCUCACUGAUUUUGCUUGGCUUAUAGUGAGCUGAAAUGGAAUUGUCAGCAUGUUCAGAAAUUGAGAGAUGGCUAGAAAUCAGGAUUUGUGAUUUCUUUAGGAAACGGAAUCUCAGGAAACAUGGCAGUUGUUGCUGAGCUCAGGGAAAUGGACCUUAGAUUUGUCUCAUGAGCUGCCCCAUCUUUCCACCAGUAUCUGCUGCUCCUUUUAUGCCUGGCCUGCUUUAUUCCUGUACUGGCGCUGACAGAUGCAAACAUAAGAUAGGAGGUGUGCUGAGAUCUGUAUCUGUGGACCUGAAUAUUGAUCCCUCGCUUCAGAUUGACAUACCUGAUGCACUCAGUGAGAGAGAUAAGGUCAAAUUUACAGUGCAUACCAAGACCACGCUGCCCACGUUUCAGAGCCCAGAGUUUUCUGUUACAAGGCAACAUGAAGACUUUGUGUGGCUACAUGACACUCUUAUUGAAACUACAGACUAUGCUGGGCUUAUUAUUCCACCUGCUCCUACAAAGCCUGACUUUGAUGGCCCUCGAGAGAAGAUGCAGAAACUGGGAGAGGGUGAAGGGUCUAUGACCAAAGAAGAAUUUGCCAAGAUGAAGCAAGAGUUGGAAGCUGAAUAUCUUGCUGUCUUUAAGAAGACUGUGUCCUCCCAUGAAGUCUUUCUUCAGCGGCUCUCUUCUCACCCUGUUCUCAGUAAAGAUCGCAACUUUCAUGUUUUCCUGGAAUAUGAUCAGGAUCUAAGUGUUAGGCGGAAAAAUACCAAAGAGAUGUUUGGUGGCUUUUUCAAAAGUGUGGUGAAAAGUGCUGAUGAAGUCCUUUUUUCUGGAGUUAAGGAGGUAGAUGACUUCUUUGAGCAAGAGAAAAAUUUCCUCAUUAACUAUUAUAAUAGGAUCAAGGAUUCGUGUGCAAAAGCUGACAAAAUGACCAGAUCUCAUAAAAAUGUUGCAGAUGACUAUAUCCACACUGCAGCCUGUCUGCAUAGCCUGGCUUUAGAAGAGCCCACGGUCAUCAAAAAGUACCUAUUGAAGGUUGCUGAGCUUUUUGAAAAACUUAGGAAAGUAGAGAGUCGGGUCUCCUCAGAUGAAGAUUUAAAGCUGACAGAGCUCCUCCGAUACUACAUGCUGAACAUAGAGGCUGCAAAGGAUCUUUUAUACAGACGCACUAAAGCCCUCAUUGACUAUGAGAACUCAAACAAAGCCUUGGAUAAGGCCCGGUUAAAAAGCAGAGACGUCAAGCUGGCUGAAGCGCACCAGCAGGAAUGCUGCCAGAAAUUUGAACAGCUUUCUGAAUCUGCAAAAGAAGAACUAAUCAAUUUCAAACGAAAGAGAGUGGCAGCAUUUAGAAAGAAUCUAAUUGAAAUGUCUGAACUGGAAAUAAAGCAUGCCAGGAACAAUGUCUCCCUCUUGCAGAGCUGUAUUGACCUGUUCAAGAACAACUGAUCUGCCUCUUCUGAGUGAACGAUGUGAAUGUGAAGAAAGCCAGCAUCACUUGCACUUAAAUCAUUGCCACAGAAGAUUUAUUACCUUUGACUUCAGUUUAAAGUUAUGUGAAUAAAUAUUUUGAUUUCUAAAAAUCUUUUUAACACUUAACCGUGUUGGUUUAAAAAUAUUUCUAUUUCCUGCUAUUUGGACAUAACCAUUUCCUUAUGCAUUUAAUACCUCAAAGUGAGCAGAAUCUGAAUACUGGAUUCUCCUGUAAUUUGUCUUUAGUUGUUAAGAAAGGGUGCAGGAAACAUGUGCCUUCUAGAAACAAGUACAAGCAAAUUGCCUGGCAUACAUCGUCUUCACUGUUUCAUGUGCCCAUGACCCUACAAACCAGUUACUUUAGGGUAGGUGCCAAUUACAACAAAUAAUUCAGCUACUUGUUACAGUUAACAUACACAUUCCAUUCCUUAACUAGAUAAUUUCUCACUCUUACUCGUGGUUCUUUAGUCACCUCAAAUGUUUGUAGUAUAACAAGAGAAGGAAAAUCUCAUUUGUCUUUAUACACCCUUUGCAGCUCCAUUUUUGUAGUGGGGAUGCAAAUAUUGGAGGGGAGAGAAGUAGCUUGAGAGGAUAAAAACAAAUACUACGGGCUGCUUUAGAAGAUCACAGAUCUACAUUAAGAUGUGAACCCUCUCCCUAAUGGUAGUGGGGGUAUAAGUGUGUGGACUUUUUAUAAAGUGUAUAAUAAAAUAAUAAACCAUGCUA